AUGAAGAGUCUUUCGUUCCAGGCCACGAGCGUGCGAGGAAACCCCUGCUUCUUUAUUAUAAUCGUUGAGCUUUUAAUUCUCACGGUGUUCACGCACGGGCCGCGGCUGACGUGCAUCAAACGCUGUCAGAACACUGGUCUGCUUAUGCAAACGCUCUCUACUCACUCUGCCAGCGCCUCCUCAAGAGAAGGAGCACAAAUACACAAGACGUCAAGUAUCACUGCAGUCGUCAGCCUUCACUGCAGUCGUCAGCCUUCACUGCAUACGUCAGCCUUCACUGCAGUCGUCAGCCUUCACUGCAUACGUCAGGUAUCACUGCAGACGUCAGGUAUCACUGCAGACGUCAGGUAUCACUGCAGACGUCAGGUAUCACUGCAGUCGUCAGCCUUCACUGCAGACGUCAGGUAUCACUGCAGACGACAGGUAUCACUGCAGACGUCAGGUAUCACUGCAGACGUCAGUUAUCACUGCAGACGUCAGGUAUCACUGCAGUCGUCAGCCUUCACUGCAGACGUCAGGUAUCACUGCAGACAUCAAGUAUCACUGCAGACGUCAGGUAUCACUGCAGACGUCAAGUAUCACUGCAGACGUCAGGUAUCACUGCAGACGUCAGCCUUCACUGCAGACGUCAAAUAUCACUGCAGACGUCAGGUAUCACUGCAGACGUCAGUCUUCACUGCAUACGUCAGGUAUCACUGCAGACGUCAGGUAUCACUGCAGACGUCAGGUAUCACCGCAGACGUCAGGUAUCACUGCAGACGUCAAGAAUCACUGCAGACGUCAGAGAUCCACUGUCACGACAGACCUCAGGGAGUCAGCCACAAAGAGGAAGAGAGCGAGACCUCAUCACACACAAGCUCCAGCCUGCACUUGUCUCUCCACUGCAGGGCGGGAAGGGACCCCUGA